CAGAAAAUUACAAAGCCCUAUUAAAAAUUUUAUUUUUAUUUUUAGGGAACUAAAAGUUGCGUGUUUUCAAUUUAACAUUUUAACGGUUGUUGGUUUUCUUGUUCAAGACAUUAUAAUUGAGAGAUAUGUUUUUUUUAUGCCCGAGGAACAUCAAGAAAAUAGUUAAAAAGAAACACUACCCACAUUCCCUUCCCACACCACUAACUAGCCAACUUACAAAAUCAAAAGAAGCUAGUUCUAGCUGGGACAACAACAGGGCUUUACGUGCCACUCUAUGAGCAGCCCAGUUGAUAGUCAGCGGAACCGCCCUAAAAUCUAUACAAUGAGAAAAGGAAUCAAGAAGACAACAACAAUCUCGAAGAAUGGGGCCUCCAAUAGAAUCCUCCACCAUUCCAAGCUUGAGUUGACGGAUGACUACUUCUGCAUCGCCUUCGAUGAUGACACGAGACAAUCCUCUGGAUGCUGGAAGAGAAAUUAUUGAGUCUCUGGCUGCAAGAAGUUCGGCAAGUAUGGAUCCAAGAUACCAUGAUGUUGCACACCCAUUGCGAGAAACACAUGCCCAUCCGAGCCACGAACAACAAGGCUGAACGAGGAGCCAGUGACUUGGACAACAAUGUCAAAUUUGAUCUUCACAUAACUUUGGGGCGGGCAUUCCCAGAGUAGCAUAAUAGAGGAAGGAGCACGAGCAAGGCCAGGAGGGCCAAGCAUAAUAGAGAGCACUAAACAGGAGUAUUGGCGGGCAAGUGAACGGACAUGGGGCUGAGUAUUUUCAAAUACCACUUUAUUUCUUGAUUUCCAUAUUCUCCACAAGAGGCACACUACCUGGAGAAUAUGGGUUUGGGACUGUUGGGUAAGCAUAAAUUGACGCCACCAUAAACUAAAAUUAACUCUUGGGACUGAAUCCAGUAUACACUACAAGAAAACUUGGUUUUGGAGACAAAUAAUUAGAUACAAUUAUUCUAUUAUUCUAUCACUUAAUCCCACAAAAUAAUAUAACUGGAUGACAAGGGGGCAAAGAAAGAUCCGGUGUUUUAUACUUUCUCGAAAUCUCUAGCAAACAGGACAUCGCAUUAGACAAUUAACUCUACGAAUUUUGAGAAUCACUAUUGUAGGAAGCACCACGACGACAUCGUAGUAUUGACCAUUUGUCAUACGUCCUUUGGGCUUACAACUCUAAUUAGGCCCAAUAUAUAUUUUUAUUAUUCGUAUGUCGGGCCCAUAGCAUCCUUUUUGUCCCACUCUUUAGUAGACCAAAGAUUCAAAGAAUUAAAUAGAUCGUUGUUUUCAGCAAACAAGGAGAAUUAAGGUACUUAUUAGUAAAUUCUUUGAGACCGCGGCACAAGCUCCCGAAAUCAUCUCCCACUAACUCCUCUUCGGCUCUUCCGCUUUGUAAAUUUACGGGUUUGCCUCUUUUCUUUCGGCAGACGACUACGAUUUUGACUGCUUAGAUUCUGACUAAACUAUAAAAAUCUCAAUCUCCAAAUCCCCUAGGGUUUUUUUUGCUCUUCCCGAGUUCCCACUCUCCUUCUCCACCCCCAAAACCUUCAGUACCAAACCACCCCACAAUCAUUAUUACCUAAGUCUGGUCUCCCAAAUUCAAGCACAAAGAGGUAUGCUUUCUCCAAACACUGCGCGGAUAGCGGAAAUUUGACUCGAGAGAUUCAUUGGGUUCCGCUUGAAUCCAAUCUAAAACCCGGGAAACUGAUCGGGCGCUGCUAAAAAUUUGAUCUUUUUUGGUUGGUUGAUUGUUUAAGAAUAACAUCAUGGAUGAUCUUGAAAAGGCCGUGCUUAUCAGUUUUGAUGAAACCGGCACCGUUGAUUCCGCUCUGAAAUCUCAAGCAGUUGCUUUCUGCCAGCAAAUGAAGGAGAGCCCCACGGUGGGCAGAGUUUGUAUAGAGAAGCUUGUCUUUUGCAAGCUCGUCCAGGUUCAGUUUUGGUGUUUGCAGACUGUACAAGAGGUCAUUAGUGGCAGAUAUAGUUUAUUGAGUUUGGAAGAGAAGGAUUUCUUCAGGAAGUCUGUUUUUUCGUUGUGUGGCUUUGAUGGAAUUGAUGACGAGAAUGCUGUUAGGCUUCUGGAAGGUCCUGCAUUUAUAAAGAACAAGCUUGCUCAGGUUUUGGUUACUCUAAUCUACUUCGAGUACCCAUUGGUAUGGUCUUCGGUUUUCGUUGAUCUGUUGUCUCAGUUGAGCAAAGGGGCAAUGGUCAUCGAUAUGUUCUGCCGUGUCUUGAAUGCCUUGGAUGAUGAGUUGAUCAGUUUGGACUACACGCGGACUGCGGACGAGACGGUGAUUGCAAACAGGGUUAAGGAUGCGAUGAGGCAGCAGUGUAUAGGGCAGAUAGUGAGAGUUUGGUAUGACAUUGUAUGCAUGUACAAGAAUACUGAUCAAGAGCUCUGUUCCGGUGUUUUAGAUACGAUGAGGAGGUAUAUCUCGUGGAUCGAUAUUGGUCUGGUUAUGAAUGAUGUUUUUAUGCCAUUACUAUUCGAGUUGAUCCUCGUUGAUGGCAGUUCAGAACAGCUUCGCGGUGCGGCCUGUAGUUGUGUUCUUGCUGUGGUUUCUAAGCGAAUGGAACCACAACCUAAGUUGAACAUAUUGCAAGGCAUUCAGAUUGGUCGGGUUUUUGGGUUGGUUACUGGUGAUAGCGACUCGGAGCUGGUAUCAAAAGUAGCUGCAUUAAUCACAGGUUUUGCUGUUGAGGUGCUAGACUGCAGCAAGCGAGUAAGCACGGAGGAUGCUAAAAGGGUGUCAACGGAACUUAUGAACGAAGUUCUGCCGUCAGUUUUUUAUGUUAUGCAGAACUGUGAGGUUGAUUCUACUUUUAGUAUAGUUCAAUUUUUAUCCAGUUAUGUGGCCACUAUGAAAAGUCUCUCUCCCUUAACAGAGAAGCAACUGGUUCACGUCAGACAGAUACUGGAAGUUAUUCGUUCACAAAUUCGUUAUGACCCUGCUUAUAGGAAUAAUCUUGAUAUGCUUGAUAAGAUUGGGAGAGAAGAGGAAGAUAGAAUGUUCGAGUUCAGAAAGGACUUGUUUGUACUACUCUCUAGUGUGGGUCGUGCUGCCCCUGAAGUUACUCAAGUGUUUAUAAGAAAUGCGUUGAAUAGUGCUGUUGCCUCUUCAUCUGACGUAAAUGUUGAGGAAGUGGAAGCUGCCCUUUCUCUUUUGCAUGCUCUUCGAGAGUCGCUGAGCGAUGAGUCCAUUAGAAAUGGAUCUGGUUUGUUGAGUGAGUUGGUGCCAAUGUUAAUCUCAACAAGAUUUCCAUGCCAUUCAAGUAGAUCAGUUGCGCUUGUGUAUCUGGAGACGAUUACCAGAUACAUGAAGUUUGUAAUGGAGAAUACUCAGUAUAUUCCCAUGGUACUGACUGCAUUUUUAGAUGACAGAGGAAUACACCAUCAGAACCUCCAUGUCAGCCGCAGAGCAAGUUACCUGUUUAUGCGAGUUGUCAAAUUGCUCAAAGCAAAGCUUGUGCCUUUCAUAGAGAAAAUACUACAGAGCCUCCAAGAUACAGUUUCCCAGAUCACAAGUAUGGAUUUUACAUCUAAUCAGUGUUCAGGAGCUGAAGAUGGUAGCCAUAUUUUUGAGGCAAUAGGUAUAUUGAUCGGGAUGGAAGAUGUACCAGUUGAAAAGCAAUCCGAGUACCUGGCUUCAUUGCUUACUCCUCUUUGUCGUCAGAUUGAGGUGUUGCUCAUGAAUGCCAAGAUACUGAAUCCAGAAGAGUCUCCUGCAAAAGUUGCCAACAUUCAGCAAAUAAUUAUGGCAAUUAAUGCUCUCAGCAAGGGUUUCAGUGAACGUCUUGUAAAUGCUAGUCGACCAGCAAUAGGCCUGAUGUUUAAGCAGACAUUGGAUGCCCUUCUCCAAAUUCUCAUAGCAUUUCCGAAAAUAGAGCCCCUAAGGAGCAAGAUUACUUCCUUCAUUCAUCGCAUGGUGGACACAUUAGGAGCAUCUGUAUUUCCUUACAUUCCGAAGGCACUGGAGCAAUUGCUUGCUGAAAGUGAGACAAAGGAAAUGGUUGGAUUACUUGUACUGCUCAAUCAGCUCAUAUGCAAAUUUAACACCUCGGUUCACGGCAUUCUGGAAGAAGUUUUCCCCACCAUUGCUGGUAGGAUCUUUCCCAUAAUUCCAAGAAAUGGCUUUCCUUCAGGACCUGGUACCAAUACUGAGGAAAUGAGGGAAUUGCAAGAACUCCAGAAAACUCUUUACACGUUUCUCCAUGUGAUAACUACCCAUGGUCUAUCAUCAGUUUUCCUCUCUACCAAAAGUAGAGCUUAUUUGGAACCAACAAUGCAGUUGCUACUGUACACAGCUUGCAAUCAUAAGGAUACGGUUGUAAGAAAGGCAUGCGUCCAGAUAUUCAUCAGAUUAAUUAAGGAUUGGUCUGUGGGACCUUAUGGUGGUGAAGAAAAGGUGCCCGGAUUCCAGAGUUUUGUGAUCGAAGUCUUCGGAACAAACUGUUGCUUGUACAGUGUACUUGAUAAAUCUUUCGACUUCCGUGAUGCAAACACGCUCAUUUUGUUUGGCGAAAUAGUGGUGGCUCAGAAGGUCAUGUAUGAAAAGUUCGGUAACGAUUUCCUCAUUCAUUUUGUAUCCAAAAGCUUUCAGUCUGUACAUUGCCCUCAAGACUUGGCAGAACAAUACUGCCAAAAGUUACAGGGUGCUGAUAUCAAAGCGUUCAGAUCGUUCUACCAGUCGCUGAUUGAGAAUCUCAGAGGUCAGCAGAAUGGAAACCUUGUUUUCAGAUAGCAGCAACUAAAGAUUGAAUGAAAGAGAUCAUGUUCUUUUUCUCUCUACGGGUCGUCUCAAAGUUCAUCAAAAGUUGCAGGCUCCCUUUUGUGUAAAUAUAUAUCAUUUUUGGGAAGCCCCAUCUCACGUACAACGAGGUAAUGCGAAAACUUCUAAGCAAACAUCCUUGUUUCAAUGCUCAGAAUCUGUGAAUGAAUUGGCACUGAUCUGGGCUUUCUUGAUUUGUUGUUUCCUGCAGUUGUAUAUUUCCGGCACCUGUUUUCUUUUCCCCCCCUUUUCUAGCCCGCUAUCCAUUUUUCCUCACCCUCAGAAAUUGGUUUGAUGUUGUGAAACAUUCAUAACUUUUGGCUGAAUGUAUGUAAUCAAACUUGAAAGUUGAAACCCCCCACUUCUUUUCUGAAUGAAAAAGGAAAAAAAAAAAAAAAGAGAGAAGGGUUUGCAGAAAUGGCUAAAGGUUUGUUGUCUGGCUCCAUUUCUCGUGGCCACCGUCCUACAUGGCGUCAAGUGCAUACAAGUCAUGAAAAAGGGUCAAACUUUGUCAAUUUGGAACGCCAUUAAUGACAGCUUGAUCUACGAACCUGAGAUGAUCGGCUGGUACCCUAGGGAUUUGGUAGUGAAGAUUGGUGAAGAAAUAGCCUAUUCUGUCUGAUCCAAUUGUCACCUUAAAUCAACAAUCUCUCGAGUCCUAGGCAGCAAGCAUCAAUUCAGACUUUGUCAAGUGUCAAGUCCCAAAGAAAUUGCCUUGUGUGAUCCAACUGGUACAUACUCAUAAUAUCCGAGUUCCAGGACCACCAGUGUAUGCAAGUGGCAGUGUUCGACAUGCCUUAACUCGUCAUCUCUGUGGUUUAACAUUCGAUUUUUUGUCUUCGAUCCAAAAGAAAUAGUACAAAUUCUUCGGACAAUUACCUUGGUGGUGAAUAACGUUUGUGCUCAAGUCCUCCUGCUAAUCUUGUAAGACAAUAGCUUGAUCGUAUUCAUGUGACAACCACAAAUUGGUUGGUAGGUUGAAUGGGGAAACAAACCAACUUCCAUGAAGGUUCUCUAUACUUCGUUCCAGCAGACACGUUUUAUCCCUAGUCUAACAAACCCUGCUUUUUGUUGAGUCCUUGAAAGGGAAAAUACUAAGUAUCCAUGAUUAUGAACAUCCUGGAAAUUCCAAGAUGCAGAAAAGGUGUGAUCUUUAAUCAUCAAAAUCAAGAGCUAAGACUGUGUGAAGUGUUUACUUACUUUCCAUCUCCCUGUAUUGACUGCCGACACAUAUUGGCAUAAGGCCUACAAGCCCAUAAAACGUAAACCCUUGGUAAAGAAAAGAUGGCCUACCUGGAAUCGAAUUUUCCUUGCAACUUUUUCUCGUGGCCUUCUUCCCCAAUGUGGAAUCAUCGGCCUUCCCCGUUCUCCUGGCUUCCAACUUGACAUCAAUUGACUUAGUAGACCUAGUUUUCGGGAUGGCAAUCCAACUCGAACUCACGGGCCACGACGAUUCAAUCCGGUCAAAAUGAGUAAAACAGAGUGUUGACGGGUUUCAAGUCGGGUGCGAGUUUUAUCUGCUUUCGAAAUUGACGGGUUGGUUCGGGUUUGGAUUCUGUUAAAACUCAACAUGCUUUUCCCCGACCUGCACCCAUGAAGCAAAACGAUGUCAUUUUAUUUCUAAUCAUAAAAAUAUGAAUAAUUU